AUACUGCCAAAUUAAGAACUAUAGAACAGCAAUUAAUAUUAAUUACCAGAUUGAAGUACUACUGCGUUGCUACUUGCAAUGGCCGAAUCGAAGAGAGGUGUGAUCAGAAUGGACGACGUUGGUGAAACAAGCCAAGGCCGCCACCAACUUGUCAUUUCCGUUGAGGAGGCACAGACGCAGAGCUGUUUAGUCCAACCCAGUGUCAGAGAGGAAAGGUUUAAAAUGUUUGAGGAGAUCAGUGAAGUCCGAACAAAAUCCAAAACACCAAAAAUACAGAAGGUAAUAUUCUUGCUCCGAGAUCACAAACAUUUCGUCAAGUACUAUGAGCCAAGAGUGGUAUCAUUGGGUCCUAUCCAUCAUGGAAAGGAAAAGUAUCAGAUUGCAGAGACGUUCAAGCUUACACUGGCAAAAGAAUUUGUUAAAAGAAGCGGCACGACUAUUAAAGAAUUAUGCAAUAAGAUUGAGAAGAUUAUUAAGGAGCUCAGGGAGUGCUUCGAGGAGGAGGUGACGAAGAAAUAUAAUGAUGUUGACCUCGCCUGGAUAUUGGUCGUCGACGGCUGCGCAAUCUUGCAAUACAUAUACCUUGCUGUUGAAGACAAGUUCGAAGAGUUCAAUAUAAAACAAGACAGUGUAGCCUUCUGUCAACAGGAUUUGUUCUUGCUGGAGAACCAAGUUCCCUAUCGUCUCCUCGAGGAGUUAAUGAACCUGAUCAGCCUGAGCCAGACGAAAGAAAAGUCAGAGAAAUCGAUUGAUGAUUUCAUUAAAACUAACCAGAAUAUGGUACUAAUGAAUCAGCAAUCGAGCAAAGAACAAGCUGGAAAAUCAGGAGAAGGUGAAAAGCCAACCCAUCUUCUCGACCUUCUGAGGACAAGUCUCUUGGGCCCGGCAAGAAAACCAAACAAAGGAAAGCAGCCCUCACGGACGCAGAAAAGGAACAAACCAGAUUGGCAAUCGUAUCGCAACAUGCAGGAGCUUAUAGCAGCAGGAAUCCAUGUGAAGCGAAGUGAAGCUAAUUCCUUGAGAGGCAUAUCUUUUAAUAGAAAAUUCAACUUCUUCCCGGGAUUCCUCUCGCUUCCUCCACUAAUAGUGGAUGACUCGACGGGGCCUAAGUUCUUGAACUUAAUAGCCUACGAAAUGUGUCUGGACUUCCAAAAUGACUUCGGCAUCACCUCGUACAUAUCCUUCCUCGAUUCACUCAUCGAUGAAGCCAACGACGUCAAGGAACUAAGGAAAGCACGCGUACUCUUCAACCUCCUCGGCAGCGACGAAGAAGUGGCUCGGCUCUUCAAUGAGAUUGGCACCGACUUAGUGCCUAACAUGGGCGAGUAUGAGGAUGUCAAGUGGCAGAUUCAGAAGUACUACGACAACGCUUGUAUGACAUGGAUAGGUGAAUUCUUUCACAAUCAUUUCAGCAGCCCCUGGACGGUGCUUGCUUUUCUUGGCGCAUUAUUCGCGCUUGCUCUGAGUGCCACUCAGACUUGGUACGCAGUGGACUCUCCCCCCGGCCCCUGCGAUAAGUUCUGCGAGAAAUUCGAUCAAAACUUACGAAAGGGAUGAUCGAAGGUACUCAUAAUAAUUAAUUUGUUCGUGGUUUUCUUUUGCAUCGACUAUGAUCAUCUUAUCUAAAGGAAUUGAAAUGGCUUCUUUGCCUCGAUAGGGCGGUUGUUUCCGAUUAAUAAACGAACCGUACUACGUAAGAGUUCUGCAUUAAUUGUCAUGAUUUCGCAUAAGGUCAUUCCUCC